AUGGCCAAAAACGACGACAAGAAGAAUCAGACCCAGAAUCACCCUGGAAACAAGGGCAAGGGCAAGAGCGACGACAAGCAGUCGACGAGCGGUGCCAAGAUUGGCAGCCUCAUGAACAUUAUACCACGCAACAAUCUCAUGUUCGGGACGGCGGAGGACGAUGUCGGCCAACUUGGAGUUGGCGUAGUGAACCGGCACACCGGCCAGGUCGCAAGGAACGAGAUGUGUGUGUCAACCUUCAGAGGUAAACCCGCGAUUAGCCGUAGCGUUAAUGAUGCCUCCUGCCUGCCCGAAGUCGCGGAUAUUGCAGAGCAAGUCAAGGAAGGGAAUCAGAUCGGGUCAGGCCUCGUGUCAAUGACCGACCUCAAAGCGUUCAUGGAAAAGUGCGCCAAAAGGAAGGUCAUUGCGCUGGAUAGUGAGGACGAGGAGAGAAUAGAAGCAGGCAGGGCCCUCAAACGGUCUAGAGCCUCGUUUCUUCAGCAGCAGAGGUCUGAUCAACAGGGAACUCGCCCCCAGACCCAGGGUGAUGGCCAGGACCAAGGCCGACCUCCCGACAAGCCCCAGAGACGGCUCUUUUGCGUUGGGUGCAAGUCCAACAAGCAUCGUUUGGACUCAUGCCUCAAGGCUGGUAAUGAUGGGCUCAUGAAGGGUUGCCCGCGCUGCAAUACCCUCCGUCACAACGCCAGCAACUGUCGCAGCAUAAAUACCGACAAGGACAGGUUCGUUUUGUUCGUCAAGAAACGUUGUAAUAUGCCAAGCCUCUUGGACUUCAACACCUGGUUCCGUCUUGCCUCUGCUGUCGGUGGCCUUACAGCGCAAGACCGGUUUCCGUGGACCACUGAGUUCGCAAAGUUCAUUGCCGAUGAUAUCGAGCAAUUACAGAAUGACCUGGACACCCUGGGCCUUGGAGGUGAGUUUAUACUCCCUGAGGACCCAAGGCUGCUGGGAUGGCGUGCGGCUGAGGCGUACCAUAAACGCCGGGCGGAAGAAGACCAGAAAGCUCUGGAUGCUUCACGAGAUACUGUUGUCAUUGAUGGUGUCCCGAUGAACAAAAAGAGGGCGGCGAUGAUGCUCGCUGAUGACUCUUAG